UGUGUGAGUGAACGCAAAAAAAAGCUUGCCGAUAUUUCAUCCAUCUCCCUCGUAAAUUUUGGACAUAGGCUGAUUGACAACAAAAGCCACUAUUUUGAGGAUCAUUGUUGUUUUAAAUGUUUCCUUGUAAAUAAGUGUUGUGAAACGAGCGCCUGUAUUCGUGAUUUACACAGUGGAUGAAAAAAUAUGAAGCGGCGAAAUGCCGAAACUGGGAAGUUGCGGCGCCCCUUGAAGCGCACAAAAAUCACCGAAGGAAUGUACGGAAAUUCAAUGCUGUACCUGAAGUUUGUGAUGAUUUGGGCAACAGUUGUCAUGGCUGACUAUAUGCUGGAGUUCAGAUUUGAGUUCCUCUGGCCUUUCUGGAUGAUGCUGAGAUCAGUCUAUGAUUCAUUCAAAUAUCAAGGACUGGCAUUCUCAGUAUUCUUCAUCUGCAUAGCACUCACAUCAGAUAUGAUAUGUUUCUUCUUCAUACCCUUACAGUACAUAUUCUUUGCUGCCAGUACCUAUGUGUGGGUACAAUAUGUCUGGUACACAUUUGCAGAUAAAGGCAUCUGUGUACCGACAGUAGCAAUAUGCUGCAUACUGGUGUACGUGGAAGGUCUUUGGCGGGGGUCCCGCGCGGGCGCUGGGGAGCUCUGCAGGCCGUUAGCGGCGCACUGCGUUGGGUACCCGGUGGUCACGCUGGGCUUCGGGGCGAAGGCCCUCAUAGCACACCGGCUGAGACAACGCAGACAGAGGCACGUUCGCGCAAUGAAUGAGUUUUACUUCCAACUCAUGCGGGACGCGCUACCUGAGUCUGCGCUAGACCAGUCGCAGUCACAGACCCAAGUGUCGGGCAAGGACGGCGUCGCCAACGGCGGCGCGGACUGCUCGCCGCCCGCGUCGCAGGCACAGUCGCCGGACGCGCGGUACGCCAACGGCUCGCUGCGGCGCUGUCGGUACAAGACGGCCGACCACAACGGUCACUGUCCGCCGGAACAUGUAUCCAAUAAGGUAGACAAAAUAGAGAAGCAAGUAUCGCAUACAAAUGCAAUACGCGAGAAGGCGUCUCACGCGUCAAACGGCAGCUCGCACAGCUCGGGCAGCUCACACAGCUCACACAGCGCACACAGCGCACACAGCCCGCACAGCGCGCACAGCUCGGCGCCCGCCCUCAGCAACGGCUCGGCCUGCCACGCCGCGCCGGACGACGACGACAGACAUGACCAUAGUAAAGGUAGUUCAAAGUCUUCGAAGGCAGAAAAAGAAAAGAAAGAGGCUAGCACAUUAAAAGAAGAAAAAAGAAAGAAUAAAAACAGAGAUAAGGAUAAGGACAGUAUCGAUAGUCAUAAGAGUACAGAACAUACAAAAGAACAAAUAGUUAAAGAUAAAGAAGUAGAGAGUACAAAAGAUUGUGUAAAAAUUAAGGAAAGCAGUAACAAAGAGGCUAAGGAGAAAGAGAAGGAAAGAGAUAGAGAACGGGAGAGAGAGACGAGAGAGCGGGACAAGGAACGCGAGAGGGAGCGAGAACGCGAACAGCGCGAAGCCCGCGAGUGCAUGGAAGAGCUGAAGCGUGUCCGCGCGGAGCUGGCGGCGGCGCGCGCGGCGGAGACGGAGGCGCGGCGCGCGCUGGCCGCCGCCGCCGCCGCCGAGCGACAGCGCCGCGCAGACCACGCGCAGCUCAAGCAGGCACACGCCGCGCUGCAGCACAAAGUGAACGCAUGGCGUACGGGUGAGCGCGCGACGUUGGAGCGACGACUGGCGGACGAGCGCCGCGCGCGCACUAACGCAGAGAACCAACUGCUACGGGCCAGGCACCAGCCACGGACGCCUAAUGGGGAGUGUGAGAGCGAGUCGUGCAGAUCUCGUCGCGCGGCGGCGGAGGCGGAGGGCGCGCUGCUGCGGCGCGAGCUGCGCGCGGCGCGCGAGCGGCGGGCCGCCGUCCUGGCGCGCGCGCCCGCGCCCGCCGCCGGCGCCUUCGACUCCGCCGCCGAGCGCCUGCACCAUCUCGAGCACUCGCUCUCUGCAGAGACAAGGGUCAAGCUGGACCUGCUCUCCGCGCUGGGCGAUGCUAAACGCAAGCUCAGCAUACAGGACGGCUUAAUAUCAAGACAAGAAAAAGAAAUAGAGGAACUGAAAGCUCAAAUGCUGGCGGUGAUGCCGACGGAGUUCGUGGCGCCGUCGAGUGCCGCGGUGUCCAAGCUUCGACUCUCGGACGGGUCACCGCUGGACCCCAACGCCUCCGUGUACACGCCCAAGCAACUAGCGCAGUGCUCCGACGCCUGAACCAAGGAACGAACGCGGCCAAGCAAGUAUUGUCUAACUUACUUCACCAAACGACAACUAGGUUACAGCAAGAUUGUACGAAAAUGUUGAGAAAUUCUGUGUGGUGAUUGUGACACGAACAAAUUAUAUUUAGUGUUGAUACAAAACAACGUGGCAUUCUAAGGUCUGUGAGAAUUUGACAUGAAGUUGAUCUACUGUGAAGAGUAUUGCCAGAUACAAGAAUCAAUAACCGGUAACAUAGCAUUUAAGUGGACAUUUAAGCUGUAAAAUCGCCGGUACAUUCAAAUUUAUACCUGGCAAUUCGUAACUAAAUUCACCGAGUACCUGUAGGUUUGUAUUGAAAUAAUUUAGACAAUACUUUAGCCUAGACAGAUAAAAUCUAGAAAUAUUAAGACCUUGCGCGUUCUUCCUAAACCGAGCUUCGACCCUUACCCAAGCUGUUCUGGUCUUUGUAUGGGCGUUUUCUGAUCUCAAUUUGUUUUUUUUUGUUUUCUAAUUGAUAAUGCAAGCUGACAAGAUGUUUUUCGUUAAUUUAUUGUGUUAGUUAAAAUUUAAAAGUGAUUUUUUUGUAAGUCGAAAGCAGGCGGUAGACUUGGCUGACAUUUUGUUAAGAUUGAUUUUGAAAAUUUUCUGUUCUUGACUGAUGCAUUUCUUUUUGGAAUUUUACUGAUCAUUCUUAACUCGAGUCAAGUGCAAUCGUCCGCAAAUGUCCAUACAAAUAUCGGUAGUCUAAGAAAUUCAACUGGAUAUACUUAAAAUAUAAAAAAUAACAAGUGUGUUAGUUUUGUAACAGUGUACGUACAUAUUUCAAGACAGAGCGUUUAUUUUUUCAUAAUAUUAAAAUAAUUGAAUUUCACGCGUUUGUGGUGACUUUACCCUUUGGUAUUUAUCGAUGGGAGAUUCCUCCGGAGCGUGUAACUCUCGAGGAUUGUCUCUCGACACUAUGACGACGGCGUUCGCUUUAUUGUGCGCACAAUUACGGUCAUGUUCUAGCCUGUAACUGCGUCCAAACCAGCGAAUAAAUAACAUUUCAAACAGACUAAAUUGCGUUUCGUUGAAAAGUGAAUCUUAUAGUCAUUCCUUAAGAUACAUUUUUCAACGACAAAGGAGUCCCUGCAUUUUUCGGCAUUUCUUCAUAUGUGACCGUGCAAAGAUCUCUUCAAGCAUAAUCUGUGUGAUCAACAAUUCAACAGUCCUCUGUGUGACUCGCUGCUGCAGUUAAAUAUAUGCGUGUUCUUUUUGAAUUUUAUGUGAUAAAUUGUACAAAUUAAGAUCUGAGAUCGAGUCUUCUUCCUUGUAUAUUAAAUUUGUAGUUUUAUUCGACGUUUUUAGUCCAAAUUUGUCUGUAUUUACGUGCGGCGCUGCCUGGCGGUAUGUUCGAGAACUACCGGCGUGGCGCCCACAUUUUCUUGUUGAACUUGCGAUUUGAGUAUUGUUUGACGUGUGACAGCAUUUUGACAGAUGAUGGGAACCAUGACAGUUGUGAUUUUGACAGAUGUUCCGGUUUGGUAAAACUGCUCCUGUUUUUUUAAUUAUGAAUAUCUGUGGGUUUUUGAUAACUUGAAAAUUCGUACUUAAACAUUUGGGAAAGAUUCUAAAUCUGCGUUAAAAAUUAGCUUAUUAAACCAUGGCCAGUAUUAUGAGAAAGAAACUACAGAUAUUCAUAGACUUUCUUCCUUUACAAUACGUUGUACACAUACGUAAAUAUUCGCCUAAGAGAUUAAACCCCAAACAAUUUGUAUUAGCACAAUAUCUUAUUCAUUUAAAAUUGAAAAACUUGUGGAAUCAC